CCAAGCUCCAUCCAUUCGGACGCUCGUCACGUCUCGCAACAGCCCCAAUCACGGACUGCGAACUCGGCGCGGUGCGGGGCCGCUGCCCGCCCGCUGCGAUCUCGGUCCCGCUGACCCGGAUCUCGGAGCAAGGCCGGCAUAUGGGUGAGGGGGCACCCCCUGGGGCCUGAGCUGCCCCCGCACAGGAUGCCCCGUGCCUCCCACUUCACGCCCUUGCUGCUCCUGCUGUUGCUGUCACUCCCCCACACACGGGCUGCCUUUCCCCAGGACCCCCUCCCUCUGCUGACCUAUGACCUGCAAGGUACUUCCCCAUUAUCCUGGUUCCGGGGCCUGGAGGAUGAUGCUGUGGUUGCAGAACUUGGGCUGGACUUUCAGAGAUUCCUGACCUUGAACCGGACCUUGCUAGUGGCUGCCCGGGAUCACGUUUUCUCCUUUGAUCUUCAAGCCCAGGAAGAAGGGGAGGGGCUGGUGCCCAACAAGUAUCUAACAUGGCGGAGUCAAGACAUGGAGAACUGUGCUGUGCGGGGGAAGCUGACGGACGAGUGCCACAACUACAUUCGUGUUCUCGUUCCCUGGGACUCCCAGACACUCCUCGCCUGUGGAACGAACUCAUUCAGCCCCGUGUGCCGCAGCUACGGGGUAACGUCGCUGCAGCAAGAGGGUGAAGAGCUGAGUGGGCAGGCCCGAUGCCCCUUUGAUGCCGCCCAGUCCAAUGUGGCUGUCUUUGCAGAGGGCAGCCUUUACUCAGCCACAGCCGCGGAUUUCCAGGCCAGUGAUGCUGUGGUCUACAGAAGCCUUGGGCCUCAGCCCCCACUCCGCUCCGCCAAGUACGACUCCAAGUGGCUCAGAGAGCCACACUUUGUCCACGCCUUGGAGCAUGGAGACCAUGUCUACUUCUUCUUCCGAGAGGUCUCUGUGGAGGAUGCCCGGCUGGGAAGGGUACAGUUCUCCCGAGUGGCCCGUGUGUGUAAGCGUGACAUGGGUGGCUCGCCUCGGGCCUUGGACCGCCACUGGACAUCCUUCCUGAAGCUGAGGCUCAACUGCUCUGUCCCUGGGGACUCUACCUUCUAUUUUGACGUUUUACAGGCCUUAACUGGGCCUGUGGACUUGUAUGGCCGCUCUGCUCUCUUUGGGGUCUUCACCACCCAGACCAAUAGCAUCCCUGGCUCUGCGGUCUGUGCCUUCUACCUGGAUGAUAUCGAGCGUGGGUUUGAGGGCAAGUUCAAGGAGCAGAGGAGUCUGGAUGGGGCCUGGACACCUGUGUCUGAGGACAGGGUUCCAUCCCCCAGGCCAGGAUCCUGUGCAGGAGUAGGUGUGGCUGCCUUGUUCCCCUCUUCUCGAGACCUCCCCGAUGACGUCCUGACCUUCAUCAAGGCUCACCCACUGCUGGACCCCGCUGUGCCACCUGCCACCCAUCAACCUCUGCUUACCCUCACUAGCAGGGCGCUACUGACCCAGUUAGCUGUGGAUGGUAGGGCUGGUCCCUACAGUAACACCACAGUCCUGUUCCUGGGCUCCAACGAUGGGACCGUGCUGAAGGUGCUGCCCCCAGGGGGGCCAUCUGGCAGACGUGAACCCAUCCUGUUGGAAGAAAUCAAUGCCUACAGCCCCUCCAGGUGCCGUGGGAAGCGGGCCGCCCAGACAGCACGGCGGGUCAUAGGGCUGGAGCUGGACACUGAAGGUCACAGGCUCUUUGUGGCUUUUUCUGGCUGCAUCAUCUACCUCCCUCUCAGCCGGUGUGCCCGGCACGGGGCCUGUCGGAGGAGCUGUCUGGCUUCUCAGGACCCAUACUGUGGAUGGCAUAGCUCCAGAGGCUGUGUGGAUAUCAGGAGACCUGGUGGGACUGAUGUGGAUCCAGCUGGGAACCAGGAAUCCAUGGAGCACAGUGACUGCCAAGAUGGAGCUACGGGGAGUCAGUCUGGCACAGGGGAUUCUGCUUAUGCAGGCGUGCGCCAGGACCUACCCCCAGCCUCAGCCUCCCUCUCCGUCCCCAUCCCGCUCCUCCUGGCCUGUGCUGCUGCAGCCUUCGCCCUGGGCGCCUCAGUCUCUGGCCUCCUGGUCUCCUGCGCUUGUCGCCGAGCCCACAGACGUCGGAGCAAGGACGUCGAGACGCCGGGGCUCCCGCGCCCUCUCUCCCUUCGCAGCUUGGCCCGGCUGCACGGUGCGGGCCCAGAGCUGCCGCCGUGCAAGGAUGGAGACGGGGCGCAGCCGCCCCAGCUCUACACCACCUUCCUGCCUCCCCCCGAGGGCGUAGCCCCGCCGGAGCUGGCCUGCCUGCCCACGCCGGAGUCCACGCCCGAGCUGCCGGUCAAGCACCUACGCCACGCUGGGGGCCCCUGGGAGUGGAACCAGAACGGGAACAACGCCAAGGAGGGCCCGGGCCGCGCGCGGGGCGGAAAUGCAGCGGGCGGCCCCGCGCCGCGCGUGCUGGUGAGGCCGCCGCCGCCGGGCUGUCCGGGGCAGGCCGUGGAAGUCACCACCCUGGAGGAACUGCUGCGCUACCUGCACGGCCCGCAGCCGCCCAGGAAGGGGGCCGAGCCCCCGGCCAUGGCGGCGUUUACCUCGCGGGCGCUCCCGCCAGAGCCGGUCUCCAGCCUCCUCCCCCGGGAGUGUGGUCCGCCGCUGAGGCUGGACGUGCCCCCCGAGGGGAAGUGCGCGGCGCCCUCCACCCGGCCCGCGCUCUCCGCCCCUGCUCCCCGGCUAGGGGUCGGGAGCAGCCGGAGGAUGCCCUUCCCCACGCACCGUGCACCCCCCGCUCUGCUCACUCGGGUCCCCUCGGGGGGCCCUUCCAGGUACUGCGGGGGUCCCGGGAGACAUCUCCUGUACCUGGGCCGGCCGGAGGGGUAUCGGGGCCGCGCUCUGAAGAGGGUGGACGUCGAGAAGCCCCAGCUGCCCCCGAAGCCUCCUCUCGUCUCACCUUCCUCCCAGCCGGCUCUCCCCAACGGCAGCCAUUUUAACUUUUAAAGGGAGCUGCGCCACGUCCUUCAAUGGCGCCCAUGAGGCCCGUGCCCUCAAAAGCCAAGAGCAUGGACGCGUCUCCAAGGAUAGAUCCCCUCCCUCUCUCCGUGUUCCACACCUCCAGCCUUCCUGGACUCUGAGAGUCUCCCGGGGCCCCAGUCCGCCUCGGGUUUAUUUAUUGACUGUCUUUUCCCCCUGUCCUCGAGAGAGGAGUGGGAGGUGAGAAGCUCGCCCCCUCAGUGAGCCAGCUUUUCGGGGGGGGGAACUGGCGCACUCCCACUCCCCCCUCCCUCAGCCAAGCUGCCUUAACUCGCCCCUCCGGGCUUCCUCCAUAGACUGGGCCGCGGGCGGGCCGCAGGGCGGACGGACAGACCGACGGGGCUGGGGCCGCGCGCGCGUUGUGUACAGAGUCCCCGGGCCUCCCGGGACGUGCCUCCUCCUACUGUGUAGGAGCCUCCGCUUCCCAAUACAGCUGUGUCCCCGAGCCGUGCCUGACUUUCCUAGCGGAGGGGGCGGGGCGGGAACCGGUCCGCUCGCUAGGCGCCUCUGCCUCCGAAUCUCUGCCUUGGUCUUGGCCUUCCACUCUCUCCCGAGUAAUUGGGAUGGCUGCGGUCCCACCGGGGUUAAUCAGGAAAGGUUUCCUGAAGGAGGCAAGCGAAGAAAUGGGUGUGUGGAGAUGAACCAGGACCCAGGAGACCCACGGCAGAACUAAGGUGGGGUGGGGAGGGCACCAGAGCUCGUUUCUGGAUCGAGGAUGUUUUCAUAGCCUGUUCCGUGGGGGUGGGGGGAGGUUAUUUUUUGAGAAAUAAAAUGAAGCUGCAGCGCAAGUGAUUUAAGUUUCACAACAAGAAAUCUUGUCCUAAAGAAUUUGGAGAGUGUGGGUCGCACGAUGGGUAGGCUGCAAAGAACAGCAAAGGAUUCAGCCCUGUUGGUGGUAGGGGCUACCCUUGGCAGUUCCCUGAGGAGCAGUUAGUUCCCUUUCUCAGAGCGGGAGGGGGUGUAGGAGCGCGUGUUUCCUCGCACGCAUGCGUAACCUCUUGUCUCGGAGUCUCGGGCGGCGCUCCAG